ACCGCCUGCUGCUGGCGCGCACCCGGCCGUUCAGUCCCUAGCCGCGUCCUCAGCCGCUUCCCUCUUCUCACCGCAGCCCCCGCGUCUCCGCACCGACAUCUCUGCGAUCGAGGCGCAGCGAGAGCCGAAGCUGGAGCCGCUGAGCGGCGGAACCAUGGAGCCCUGAGCCGGCGUGCACACCUGGGCCGCUGUGUGCCCGCGCUCCCGCUUCCCUGCUGCCCGCUCGCCCGCCCUCCGCGGCUGGAAGGGGAGACUGCGCCGCCGACACAGGUGAGAAGACAAGGGUUCUCCCAGACACCCCUAAUUCAGCAGGAAAAGAAGGCUCUUGCAGAGUGAGAGAAAAUUUGAUCUGCUGGGAGAUUUGGACUUGAAGUUCUUUCUCAAGUACUGUGACUCAGCUGUAUUCGGAUUGUCUCGUGGACAUGCCUAUGUGAGGACGAGUUGUCUACUGCACAGAAGAUGGGAUCGAACAGCAGCAGGAUCAGUGACCUUCCUAAAAAUGAGUACUUAAAAAAGCUAUCAGGCACUGAGUCUAUCUCUGAAAAUGACCCCUUCUGGAAUCAGCUCUUUUCGUUUUCUUUCCCUGCGCCAACCAGCAGUACUGAGUUGAAGCUGUUGGAAGAGGCAACCAUUUCAGUUUGCAAGUCUUUGGUUGAAAAUAACCCUCGAACAGGAAAUCUUGGCGCCUUAACUAAGGUCUUCCUUUCCAGAACCAGAGAGCUCAGGCUUUCGGCAGAAUGCCAGAACCACAUCUUCAUCUGGCAGACACAUAAUGCUUUGUUUAUCAUCUGCUGCCUGCUAAAAGUGUUCAUCUGCGAGAUGUCUGAGGAGGAGCUGCAGCUUCAGUUCAUGUAUGAAGAAAAGUCUCCUGGCAGUUACAGUUCUAACUCUGAAGAUCUUUUGGAAGAAUUGCUCUGCAGCUUGGUGCAGUUAAUCACUGAUACUCCACUCUUAGAUAUUACAUAUGACAUAUCGGUGGAGGCGAUCUCAGCAAUGGUUGUCUUCCUCUCCUUCCAGCUCUUCCACAAGGAGGUCUUGCGACAGAGCAUCAGUCACAAGUAUUUGAUGCAAGGUCCAUGUCUUCCCUACACCAGCAAACUUGUGAAAACCUUGCUUUACAAUUUUAUCAGACAAGAAAAACCACCUCCACCCGGAACCCAUGUUUUCCCUCCACAGUCAGAUGGGGGAGGGCUGCUGUAUGGACUGGCAUCAGGAGUAGCAACUGGUCUCUGGACUGUCUUCACGCUUGGCGGGGCAAGCAGCAAAACAACUGCCUCUCCAGAACUUACUUCCCCUCUGGCCAACCAGAGUCUCCUUCUUCUGCUGGUGCUGGUGAACCUAACAGAUGCUCCAGACACACCAAACCCUUACAGACAAGCCGUCACGUCCUUUAAGAACACGCAAGACAGCAGUCCUUUCCCAUCGUCCAUUCCACAUGCCUUCCAGAUUAACUUCAACAGUCUGUACACAGCCCUGUGUGAACAGCAGUCUGACCAAGCCACACUCCUCCUGUACACUCUGCUCCACCAGAACAGCAACGUCAGGACGUACGUGCUGGCUCGAACAGAUGUGGAAAACCUUGUUUUACCAAUUCUUGAGAUUCUGUAUCAUGUUGAGGAAAGAAAUUCACACCAUGUAUAUAUGGCCCUUAUAAUACUGUUGAUCCUUACAGAAGACGAUGGCUUCAAUAGGUCCAUCCACGAAGUGAUAUUAAAAAAUAUUACUUGGUAUUCAGAACGAGUCUUAACUGAAAUUUCCCUGGGGAGUCUCCUAAUUCUGGUCGUAAUAAGAACCAUACAGUACAAUAUGACCAGGACUAGAGACAAGUACCUGCACACAAACUGCUUGGCAGCUUUAGCAAACAUGUCAGCACAGUUCCGUUCUCUCCAUCAGUACGCCGCCCAGAGGAUCAUCAGUUUGUUUUCUUUGCUGUCUAAAAAACACAACAAAGUUCUGGAACAAGCCACCCAGUCCUUGAGAGGUCCCCUGAGUUCGAGUGACGUUCCUCUCCCGGAUUAUGCACAGGACCUCAGUGUCAUUGAAGAAGUGAUCCGAAUGAUGCUGGAGAUCAUCAACUCCUGCCUGACGAAUUCACUCCACCACAACCCAAACCUGGUGUAUGCCUUACUCUACAAACGGGACCUCUUUGAGCAAUUCCGAACCCAUCCUUCGUUUCAAGAUAUAAUGCAAAAUAUUGACCUGGUGAUCUCCUUCUUUAGCUCAAGACUGCUACAAGCUGGAGCUGAGCUGUCAGUGGAAAGAGUCUUGGAAAUCAUUAAACAAGGGGUCGUGGCGCUGCCCAAAGACAGACUAAAGAAAUUCCCAGAACUGAAGUUCAGAUAUGUGGAAGAGGAGCAGCCUGAAGAGUUUUUCAUCCCUUAUGUCUGGUCUCUGGUCUACAACUCAGCAGUAGGCCUGUACUGGAACCCGCAGGACAUCCAGCUGUUUGCCAUGGACUCUGACUGAAGCGGGGCACACCCACGCCCGCCCCCAGCACUGCAGCUCUGCUCGUUCCUUCAUGUCUAGGAGUAGAAGCAGACAGACUGCCGGUGUGUCUUCUGCCACAGAGGGGCACACGGCGUGCUCCCCUCUCACACUGAGGAUCAGGAAAUUGCUGCCAGUUAGUAGGUCGCUUGGCUUUGACUGUACUGCGGGGGGGGAGGGGGGGUGCCCAGUAAUAAACAGAGAACUUGCUGUUCA